AUAUCACCCUUGAGAAAAAGAAGAUAUUUAUAGGGAGCAAUUUUCAGCCCUUUAUAUAUAUAGUCUUUAAAACCCUAACCUUCGAAAAUAAAUUCCCCUUUUCGUCUCCUUCUCCAAUCGCUCUGUAAUUUUUUACAAGGAACAAUGAGUCGUUCAAGCAGGACGAUAUAUGUUGGUAAUCUUCCUGGUGAUAUUCGUGAGCGAGAAGUGGAGGAUUUAUUCUACAAGUAUGGCCCAAUAGCGCAUAUUGAUCUGAAGAUUCCACCAAGACCCCCUGGUUAUGCUUUUGUUGAGUUUGAAGAGGCUCGCGAUGCUGAUGAUGCUAUUCGUGGGCGUGAUGGCUAUGAUUUUGAUGGGCAUCGCUUGAGAGUUGAACUUGCACAUGGUGGGCGUGGUAACUCAUCGUCAAAUGAUCGUUAUAAUAGUGGCUAUAACAGUGGCCGUAAUAAUCACAAAUUUGGAGCGCCUAAGCGUACUGAGUUUCGAGUUAUGGUUACUGGAUUGCCCCCGUCAGCGUCCUGGCAGGAUCUCAAGGAUCAUAUGCGUCGAGCUGGGGAUGUUUGUUUCUCACAAGUUUUCCGUGGGAAGAGUGGGAGUGAGACCUCUGGGACCACUGGGAUUGUGGAUUACACCAACUAUGAUGACAUGAAAUAUGCUAUAAAAAAACUUGAUGAAUCUGAGUUUCGGAAUGCUUUUUCUCGUUCAACAAUUCGAGUGAAAGAACAUGAUUCUAGAGGCCGCAGCCGCAGCCGUUCUUACUCGAGAGGAAAGAGUGGUAGUCGUAGCCGCAGUCGAAGCUACAGCCGUAGCAGGAGCAGAAGCAAAUCUCCUAAAGCUAAAUCGUCAAAGCGUGCAAGAUCUCGUUCUAGAUCUGUCUCUUCUCAGCCCCUUUCUGGGUUGAAAGGACGCUCUGUGUCAAGAUCUCCAUCAAGAUCCAGAUCCCCAGUACCAUCUCGCCCAAAGCGUGCGAGCAAAAGCCCAAAACCUCGCGAUUCCAGGAGAAGCAAGAGCUUGAGUAAAAGCCCAGAACCGCGCAAUUCCAGGAGAAGCAAGAGCCUGAGUAAAAGCCCAGAACCGCGCAAUUCCAGGAGAAGCAAGAGCCUGAGUAAAAGCCCAGAACCACGCAACUCCAGGCGUAGCCACAGCAGGAGCAAAAGCCCCAAACCACACAAUUCCAAGCGAAGCCAGAGUAGGAGCAGGAGCCGCAGCCGGAGUCGCAGUGGGAGUUUGUCAAGAUGAGCUGUGUUGGAUGAAAAGCUGUUACUGAGAUCGAGAGCGCGAUUGUGCCUGAAGAUAGCUGAGCGGAGCUUUUAGCGUCACCUUUUCCUUUAAGCAUCUGAACUUCUUGGACCAGAACCAAAUUGGAACUAAAACUGUAUACCUUUGCUUCUCUCUUUACUUCGGAAGAUUGCAGUAUUUUAGUAUUGAUAAAAGACCUUUUGCAGCAUGUAUGAUGGUUAGAACCGAAAAUCCUGUUUCGGAAUUCUUCAGAUUUUGUUGUUUGUUUCCUGCAGGUGAAUGCUAUUUAUAUUAUGACAUUGUUUGCAGUC